AUGAGUAGUUCCGCAAAGAUAGAGGCCACUAGUAGUGAAAAAUCAGUUCAUCCAACGAUGGUAAAAGGCCACAAAAAACAUCCUUUUCCACGUACUAGAAGGACGAGGCCAGUACGACCAUCUCGUAAAGAUAUUUCAGCUCUAAAGAUACAAAGAGCUUGGCUAUCUUAUAUGGACAGGUCAAUAUUUCAACUCCUAAAGCAUACAAUUUGUGCAGCAGAAUAUUGUCUGACAUAUGAUAUACUGAAGAAUGUGAGCCCCUUGGAGGCUGAGUUUGCUAAAGAUCGUGGCAUGAACUGUAAAAUUAAAUUCAGAUUCAGUGGUGAAAAAUUUCCGCCUUUUAUUGUGUAUAAAAUUUUUCUACAUACUGGAGGCCAUGGCUACAAGUAUUUCAGCGGAAGAAAUACGGUAAAGCUGGCAAGUAAGGCCUCAUAUGAUGCUUACAAACUUAUGGGGAGGAAGAAGUUUCAUGAACAAAUUAUAGAAGAUGAAUAUCUUUUCCAGAAGUUCAAAAUAACUGAUGAAGUGGAUAUUGUCACCAUGCAAGAUUACGUGACAUAUUCCAGUAUUCUGGAUAAGACACCUGCAUCUUCUGGUGGAAGAAAUAACUAUUGGAGAAGAUUGACCCUCAGCAGCAUUCCCAAGACAAUGAUAAUGUAUGACAUACUUGAUUAUGCAGAGUCUAAAGUACUGACAAAACGUCUGCAAAAAGAAAUGAAGUACCUGUUACAGAGACCACGAACAGAAGAGAUGCGUCGAAAACAGCUGCGGAUUAUUACCGAAACGAGGUACUUACCUCUGUUGAAAAGCCAAAGUUUAUUUCGGCCCGCCCAACAGCAAAGUCAAUUUAAACAUUUGGGUCGGCGAUCCAAGCAAGCACGAUUGAAAAAUGAAAAAAUGAAAAAAGCUUAUGAGAAGGAGAAAAAAGCAAGCACUUCUGCGGAGAGUAAACCUCAGACAGACAGACCAGAAACAAAGCAACAGCAAAAGGUUGUCUUCUCUACCUCAACUUUUGA